GCAGAGGGAGUAGUGUAACAAGGGCUAGCUGCAGCUGUCACUGCGUGUCUCCUCUACUGUGCACGUUUUAUCAUGGCAGCUCAGAUCGCCGACCGGCUUUCCUUUCAAGAAGAGGAGAUCCGCCGCCUAAGCAAUGAGAUUGGCAGCCUGUUGGAGCUAGGUCUGGAAGGCACCAUCGAUAGCAAUCCCAGCCCGGCCUUGGAGCAGCUAAGAACUGAGAACGAGAAGCUGAAAUACCGGCUAGCACACCUUCAGCGUAGCCUGAAGGAGGAGGGGGAGCGGGGUAGGCUUGGGACGGAGACGCCGGAGGGGAGCUCUGAUCAGAAGAAUCCUGAGGCCACGGAGAGUUCCAAUGGGUCACAUGCUGCUGUUAUUGCUGGGGACAAAGGGGAGGUUACCACAAGUGAAAAACAAACAGUUCAUAAGAACAAUAAGAAGAAAGAUGGGAAGGAAUCAGAUGAACCAAAGCAGCAGGCAGUCAGUCGGCCUGUAUUUAUAAAAGACAGGUUACAACUCUAUGAAAACUUGAAGAGGGAGCAUGAUGCUUUGCUUGCAGAAAGGGCUUCAAACCAGAGCAAACCUAUUAAGAUUACAUUGGCUAAUGGGAAGGUGAUUGACGGCGAAUCUUGGAGAACCACACCUUAUCAAGUGGCAUCUGGGAUCAGUCGAGGCCUGGCUGAUAACACUGUCAUAGCCAAAGUGAACAAUGAGUUAUGGGAUUUGGACCGUCCAUUUGAAGAAGACUCCACCUUGGAACUCCUUAUGUUUGAUAAUGAAGAGGCUCAAGCAGUUUACUGGCACUCAAGUGCUCACAUCCUAGGGGAAACUAUGGAGAAUUACUAUGGUGGUUGCUUGUGCUAUGGACCUCCCAUUGAGAAUGGAUUCUACUAUGACAUGUUUUUAGAGGAAAGAGGUGUAUCCAGCAAUGAUUUCCCAGCAUUAGAGACCAUGUGCAAGACCAUAAUGAAGGAGAAACAACCCUUUGAAAGAUUGGAAGUCAGCAAAAAGCUUCUGUUAGAAAUGUUUAAGUAUAACAAGUUCAAAUGCCGGAUCUUGAAUGAGAAGGUUGAUACCCCGACUACAACAGUAUACAGAUGUGGCCCCCUUAUUGAUCUGUGCAGAGGUCCACACGUGAGACACACUGGAAAGAUAAAGGCAUUAAAGAUCUAUAAGAAUUCUUCAACAUACUGGGAAGGAAAGGCUGAUAUGGAGACACUGCAGAGAGUAUAUGGAAUAUCUUUCCCUGAUAAUAAACUGAUGAAGGAAUGGGAAAAGUUCCAGGAAGAGGCUAAAAAUAGGGAUCACAGAAAGAUUGGAAAGGAGCAAGAACUCUUCUUUUUCCAUGACCUGAGUCCAGGUAGCUGUUUCUUUCUACCUCGGGGUGCACAUAUUUAUAACACCCUCAUUGACUUCAUUAAGGAAGAAUACCAAAAGCGUGAUUUUACAGAGGUAGCAACUCCUAAUAUAUAUAAUAGCAAACUUUGGGAAGCCUCAGGUCACUGGCAACAUUACAGUGAGAACAUGUUCUCGUUUGAAGUUGAAAAAGAAACGUUUGCUCUUAAACCAAUGAACUGCCCAGGACAUUGCCUUAUGUUUGCUCAUCGCCCUCGUUCCUGGAGAGAACUGCCCAUACGUUUUGCAGAUUUUGGGGUCCUUCAUCGUAAUGAGCUAUCAGGGGCAUUAAGUGGAUUGACUCGAGUCAGACGAUUUCAACAGGAUGAUGCCCAUAUUUUUUGCGCUAUGGAUCAGAUUGAGGAAGAGAUGAAGGGAUGCCUAUUAUUUCUGCAAUCUGUAUAUGCUGUAUUUGGUUUUACUUUCCAACUCCAUCUAUCUACAAGACCUGAGAAUUACCUUGGCGACAUAGAGAUCUGGAACCAAGCUGAAAAGCAAUUGGCAAGCAGUCUGAAUGAAUUCGGCCAACCAUGGAAGCUAAACCCAGGAGAUGGAGCUUUCUAUGGACCCAAGAUUGAUAUCAAAAUCAGAGAUGCUAUUGGCCGGUAUCAUCAGUGUGCUACCAUACAGCUUGAUUUUCAGCUACCAAUCAGGUUUAACCUGACAUACGUGAGCAAGGAUGGAGAAGAUAAGAAAAGACCAGUUAUCAUUCAUCGAGCAAUUUUGGGCUCAGUGGAGAGGAUGAUAGCAAUUCUCUGUGAAAACUAUGGAGGAAAAUGGCCUUUCUGGAUUUCACCUCGUCAGGUCAUGGUGGUACCUGUGGGACCAAGCUGUGAUGAGUAUGCACAACAGGUGUGCAAGGAUUUCUUUGAAGCUGGUUUUAUGGCUGACGUAGAUCUUGACCAUAGCUCCACACUGAACAAGAAAAUACGAAAUGCACAGUUGGCGCAAUGCAAUUUUAUUUUAGUUGUUGGAGAGAAAGAAAAGGCAAACAAUGCAGUAAAUGUACGAACAAGAGAUAACAAGGUACACGGAGAGGUUUCUGUAUUAUCUGCCAUAGAGAAACUCCAGAAUCUAAAGAAAUCGCAUUCUAAAAAUGCAGAAGAGGAGUUCUGAGGAUGAAAUCAAGAAGAAUGCAAAUGGAAGUGCACAUGAUGGUGACUGAAACAAAAUCAUGACGAUGAGAAGAAAAUGAUUACAUUUAUUUAUAAAAUGUGAAUAAAUUACAAUCUCUUUCUUGAAAAA